UGUACAGGGGAGAGGCAAGGGAGGGAACCGGAGCAGACCUAUGAGAAGACUGACAGCCUUGUAGAAGAAAAUACAGCCUCUUACUAUUUCCUUCAUGUGUCCACAGAGCAAGAAAAGUAAACUUUUCAAAGUUUUCUGGACUGUAUGGCUCUAAUCUCCACCAGCAAGCUUCCUGGAUGACACAACCAUAUGCAGAUUUCUACUAAACGUGACAAGGUGUCGCAGUGCUGCGCUGACUGACGAGGUUGAAACGGCACUCUUGCCUCGCUGAAAAUAGUACUGAAACUGUCGUACACAGGGAGAAGACGGCCUUUGUACGAAUAAUUGGAAUAUCGCUUAGAAAUGACUACGUGACUGCAUUUGAUUGCAUUCCCUGUAUAUUAGCCAGUACAGAGACUGUCAGAAACCGGGAUUCCAGAUCUCACUAUGGAGUCCAUAAAUGCUUUCUUCCAAAGGAUCUAUGACACGAUACAAUAUAAACAUGAGCUUGGGAUAUAUAACACCAUCUGCCUGGGGGUUCUGCUCGCCCUCCCGCUUCUUGCUUUGCUCAUUGCUAGCAUUAUUUGUUGUCACUUUUGCUGUUGUCGGACCAGAAAAAGUAACACACUGAAGCCUUCACCAAGUAAGAAGAAAAAAAAGAAAAACGAAGAAGAGGACUUCUGGAUACCAAGUCCACAGGCCAAGUCCAUCAUGCUGGAGAAAGUGCCUUCAAUUUCUGUAUAGCUUUAACUGAAACUGAACAGUUUGCUUAUCUGCUGGAGCUGAUUACAAAGUGGCCAUCAACAGAUCUGCCACAAGCUAUAAUACUGAGUAUAAUAACCUGCUGCAUGGGGAUGGACAAUCUCCAACCGUAUUGUAAAUCCAGGACUCGGUAGCGGGAAUUAGUGCACAUUCCCUUUUCUAUGCCAUGAACAAAAAUGAAGGAGCUCAGGGUGGAUUUUUAUGGAGGUGUAACAGCUACUCAGGCUAAUUACACUCCCAUAUCUCUGGAAUAACGGGAGUAUGAAGAAGCUUCAAGAGGUGCUUCCAGUAGACAUCUUAUUGCAUUUAGGAGUAAUAAGGUCUAAUGUUUUUAAGCAAUGAAACUGAUCUUAAAACUUGGGCCAAGACUUACUUAUACUUCCUAAGAUAUGGAGAGUGUAAACUUGCACUAGAUACAUCUUUUGAGACGUUACCACCUAUUAGUUAGCUUACUGUACUCUGCCCCACAAUUUGCUUUCUUCUAAACCAUACACCUUUCCCUCCAAGCCAUGUCCAAGCCUUUAGGUGCAAAAAGUGUCUUAGACACUUAGUAAAUGUGGCGUGACCACCACUACAUUCCCUUCAAUAGGUCUGACUGAGACAGUGCUCGGCUCUAUCUCAGACAGAAGUGAAUGGAGAGGUGAUCGUGAAUGUGCUCAACUGCUCGAUUCAGAUGGAGAAUCAGGGACCUUCAUUAUCAUGAUCCAGCGAACAGACGCUUAUCUUCUUUCUUGUGGAAUGUGUUCUUAAUUGGGUGACUGUUUUAACCUAAAAAAAGUAUUACAGAGGUUGUCUCGCAAUGAAAUAUUCAAUUUUCAUCAAGCAAAACAUAACAACUCUUCAAAUGGAAUAAUUAAAAAACACAGGGUGGGUUCACCUCUGCGUUCUGGAUUCCGUUAUGGCUUUCCAUUAUAAAAUGGUUAUAAUGGAAUAUAACAGAAUCCAUAAGACGGAAGGAUGGAUCCGUUAUGCUGCCCAUAGACUUGUAUUAUGACGGAAUGCAAAACAGAAGCCUUUAAAAGGCAUUCAUUUUUGGUUUCCGUCUAAAUAGAAGUCUAUGUGGAAGCAUAACGGAUCCGUCUGGUUUCCGUUAUGCAGAACAGAGAAAAAAGUCCUCUUGACAGGACUUUGUUUUACGUCUUGUAUAACGGGACCCAGACGGAUCCGUUAUGAUUCCCAUAAACUUCUAUUAAGACGGAUCAAAACGGAAUGCCUGAUGCAUUUGAAUUUACGAGGGCUUCUGUGGCCACCAGUCAGGUGCAAAAGUACCUGAUGUUCAUGCAUUAAUUAAUGCUGAGAAGUUCAAAACGCUGUGUACCUGGGUGGUGGCUGUGAGGAGGGCUCGGGUAUUGGGCCAACUGGGAAAUUGCACUGUAGGUUCUAUAGCCAGUCCACCCUUGCCCAUCAACCAGUUGUACAUGAGCGGUAGAGUAAUUACUAGUAGUGAUGAACGAACAUCGGGCCGGGGCGGUUCGCGAACACUCGUUCGUGAACCACGCAUUCGCGGCCGACCCCAUAGACUUUAAUUGCAGGCGAACCUAAAAAACCUUCAGGUCAUAUUUGCAGCCACCAAAUACUUACUAGAAGUACACAAAUAGUCCCACAACAUGAACAGUGAUAUACCAGAGGGGGCUCA